CAAAGAAGGAAAUGCAACCUGGAUGGGGUCGAUUUUGGUUUAUAAAUCGGAUGGAUAUUAUUAUUGGGAUGUUCGAAAGAACGAGUUGAGGAAGUACGUGGUGCAGUGGUGAGAGAAAAUGACAAAGAUGUUUUCAAGAAAAGGAAGAAAAACAACAACAAUUAUUUGGUUCAAUGUAUCAUCAACGUGGAUCUUAUUACUAUCGUUGGUCCUCGUUGUAAGAUUCGACCACGUGGCAGGAUGUCAAUUUUAUCCAAUCGGCGAAUAUUUAAAAUUCGUCAGAGUACCAGAAAAUUUACGAGAAGGUUCAGAGAUUUUAUCAUUGGAAGCUCAUCCUAGAAAUCGUCUUACCAUUAUACCCGUCGACAAGGAAGAGGACAGUCGUUUUUUUUCAUACAAAGACGUUAAUGGUACUCAUGUAUCUGUGACAUUAGCACAUUCAUUGGAAGAUCUCGUGGACGCGGAAUCACCGAGAAAUUUACUCAAAUUCCGGGUCAUCUGUGACUUCACUGAUGGCAGGGACACCUUGGUAUCGUCGCAUUUGUCAGUCACAGUUUACGUUGAGGAUAUUAACGAUCAUGCACCACAAUUUGUUGAUGCACCUUAUCACGUGACAGUCGAUGAACUCACGCCAACCGGUGCAACAAUCUUUCGUGGAAUUCGUGCCAUAGAUGGGGACAAACCUAAUACACCAAACAGCGAUAUUCAUUACGCUAUAGUCAAAGGGAACGAUCAAGGCAAAUUUUCUCUCGAAUCUGGUCAUAGAACAGCUUUGAUACUUCGUAAACCAUUGGAUUACGAUAACGGUGAUCGUGAGUUCACGCUCGUGAUCACAGCGACUGAUCGGGGUAUACCCGUUAAGAGUAAUAAAACAACGGUCAAGAUAACGAUCAUUGAUAACGACGAUUUAGAUCCGAAAUUUUCUCGUGAAGUUUACAAAACUAAAAUUUACGAAUUUUAUCCAAUGCCGGAUAAGCCGAUUUUCAAGGAAAUCAACUUCACGACACCGAUUCAUGCUGUUGAUCGUGAUCACGACAUCAACGUGUCUAUAAGAUAUGACAUAAUAUCAGGAAACGAGAAUGGUUACUUUCAUUUGGACCCAAAGAACGGAUCGCUAUUCCUCAAACGUCCAAUAGAUCUUGACAACGAACGAAAUCUUCCUGAUAACAAAUUUACCUUACAAAUUCAUGCAUCGCAAAUCGACAAUCCAUUAAAAAUGUCAAUGGCACGAGUAGAAAUCGAAGUAUUGGAUUUGAAUGAUAAUUUGCCAGAAUUCGAAGUUGAUUUGUACAACAUAAGUAUAGUUGAAAAUCUUCCAAAUGGUUUUAGCGUAUUACAAGUGAUAGCACAUGACAAGGAUCAAGGUGAAAACGGUGAAUUUGAUUUUCGUUUGAACGAUCCGUCCGGUGCAUUUUCGAUUGAUCCAAAAACCGGUUGGUUAACUGUCAAAGAUCAAAACGUAUUGGAUCGGGAAAGGAGGAAUCGUUUGAGAAUGAAAGUUUACGCUGUUGAGAAAAAACCAAAUGUGAUUUUGAUAAAUGGUAAACGUGUUAAUGAUUCGUCGGUAGACAUUCACGUUAGUUUGUUGGACGCUAACGAUAAUAAUCCCGUAUUCGUACCUGCGAAUUUGUACGAAUUGGUUGCACGUGCCGAUGCCAAAAUUGGUACAGUACUUGGACAAGUUCAUGCAGUUGAUGAAGAUCUUGGUAUUAAUGGAUUGGUUAAAUAUACUUUACAAAAACCAGGAAAUUCUAGUAAACGUGUACCACCAUUUGCGGUUGAUGAUAAGACAGGUGUUAUUACCGUAGCUGAAAGUCCUAUCGUCGAGGGAAGGCACGCGAUAUUUGUCGAGGCUGCUGAUCAACCAGCGAAUCCGAGUGAAAGGCGAUUCUCAUUGGCCGUUGUUACAAUCGAUGUUUUCCGUCCUGACGGACCAGAUUCUUGGGAACCCGAUUUCGUCGGAGCACCCUAUGAGUUUUGGGUUGGUGCCAAUGUCCCAGUUGGUACCAGCGUUGGCCAGAUUCGUAUAAACGAUGCCGUUAAGACGAGCGAUCUUAUCUACGAUCUUCUUCAUAGUUAUCAGGAAGGAGUUCCGUUCGCUGUUGAGGAAAGAUCAGGAACGAUAACGGUGGUGGAUGAAAUCGAACGAUACGAUCGUUCGAUUUACGAGUUCGAAGGUGUUGUAACUGACGAAAGGGAUUUAACACUUGUAACCAACGUUUCCAUUCAUGUUGUCGAUCCUAACGAUGAGAGGGGUGCUUUUACCAAAGGUGCAACAACGACACCAAUAAUAUUCCAUGCAAAAGAAAAUAUCCCAGGGACGUACAUAGGACGAGUUUUAGUUAAUAACGGUACAAUUAGCAGUUCGGCUACUACAAGUUAUUUUAUAGUCAAUCAACAGGACGUACCUGACAUUAGUAUCAUGGAAGAUGGUACCCUUUAUGCACCCAAUGGUUUAGAUCGUGAAACUAGACAAAAUUAUAGUAUCACUGUUAUAGCAGAAGGUUCUAAAGGAUUACAAGUUAUUCAAAUAAGAGUAAUUGUCGAUGAUGAGAAUGAUCAUUCACCUGUGUUUAGUUCGUCAUCGUACGAAGGACGAAUUCUAGAAAACAGUCCAAUCGGAACGGAAGUUACCAUGGCCAAUCCUAUUGCAGCUUCUGACAAAGACGAGGGUAUUAAUCAAGAAUUUAUUUUCAGUUUGACCGGAGAAGGUAGUUCAUUAUUCAGAAUUGAUCCUAACAAUGCUCGAGUAUAUUUCGAGGGUAACAACCAAGAGAAUUAUUUGAACCGCGAGGAAAAAGAAAACUAUGAUCUUCAAGUAAUAGCUAAAGAUGGUGGUGGUAUGAUGUCAAGCGCAAACUUAAAAAUCAUCGUCGACGAUACGAAUGACAAUUCACCCAAAUUUAUUCGCAUGAUCGUUUUACCCGAUCAAGGUGUUAAAGUAUCAAAUCAACCUGACGAAGAGUCAUUAAUGAAUAAAAAUAAUAUGGAAGACUCGUCAUCGAUUGAAAACAAUGAAACAUUGAGACGUACGAAUGAACGCAAAUCACCGUUACUUUUGGUACCAGAAAAUGUAACGAUUGGUGCACCGAUCAUUAGAUUGUUAGCGGAGGACAAGGAUUUAGGAUCUAACGCUGAAAUCAUUUACAGUAUACAGAACGAGACAAUAUCUGGUGAAAUAAAUUCAACGUCAAUUAUGUCGAAACAAUCAAAACAGGAUUUGAUAAGUCGAAGAUAUUUCUUGUUGGAUUCAAGAAAUGCAGAAAUUUCGGUGUCACGUGCUUUACCACCUGAGAGAAAUGUACGUUUGCUUGUCAUUGCUAAAGAUGGCGGUGGCCUUACCGAUAACAUUACUAUAAGAAUACACGUGGUUGAUGUGAACGAUCAUGCACCUGUCUUCGAUCAAUCCUGGUAUUCCUUCGACAUUGCUGAAGGUACAUACAUGGGUCACCCUAUCGGAACCGUUCGUGCUAUUGACAGUGAUUACGGUAUUAAUGCUAACGUCAAUUACGAAAUCAUUUCUGGUGCUCGAGACGAUGAUGAUAUUGAUGACAAGGACAAUUCUACUUGGAUCUUUGAUGUUGGUCCACGCGAUGGUAUCAUCAAAAUAAGUGGCAAACUUGACAGAGAAACGAUACCAGUUCAUCGUUUAAUUUUACUUGCACGUGACGAUGGUUCAACUUCUUUGAGUACAACCGUUGAAAUUGAAAUUAACGUAUUGGACGUUAACGACAAUGCCCCAAGUUUCUAUGAUUAUAACGAGCUUGAUAAUGACGAUCGUGGUAUACCAAUACCGGUUUAUCGUACAUCCAUCUUUGAGAAUAGUCCAAUCGGUACGUUCGUAGCUAAAGUUUACGCGAAUGAUACCGAUUUUCAAGGAAAUGGUAAUGGUUUGAUUCUCUUCGAUCUGGCAAGUCCAGGUAACGAUGAGAAACAAUAUUUCACGAUAGAUAGUAAAGAAGGUACGAUCACUACUAUAUCAAAUAUCGAUUAUGAGAGUAUAAAGAAUCAUCGAUUAAUCGUAACAGCUAGUGAUCUUGGUUCACCGAUUAGUAUGACAUCUACUGCAAUAGUAAAUGUUGAUAUCAUUAAUGUAGACGACGAGAAUGAUGACGAUGAAAAUGACGAAGACAAAGAAAUAGAAAAAGAUGAUCAAGAUGAUUCGUUUAACGAAGUUCAAAAGAUCCCAACGUUUAGGCACCGAUAUUACGAGGUCGAGGUUGAAGAAAACACAGCAUCACCAAUUUGGAUAACUGAAUUGGAUUUAGCUGAUGGUUAUCAAAAUGAUCAUAUACGUUACAGCAUCGUUGCCGAUGGAACCGAUGGCAGAGAUCAUUUUUCGAUAGAUCCUAAGAACGGUUCGUUGUAUUUGAUUACGAACGUCGACAGGGAAAUGAGAGAUCGGUACGAGGUUAAGGUCAGGGUCGAUAGGGUAAAGCUCGGUCGUGGGAUGCCCGUGAUGAUCUAUCCGGUCGUCGGUGAGAGGCUCAAUGGUCUCGCCCCUAACGAGGCCAGGGUCGUCGUCAGGAUCAAGGACACCAAUGACAAUGCGCCGAGAUUUAAGUCUAAGGGAAGACCCAUCCUAGCUGCUAUACCUACCACUGCCCACUAUGGUUACGAGGUCAUUAAAGUUGAGGCUGAGGAUCCGGACGACGGUAUAAAUGGUGAAGUUCGUUAUCAAAUUCUUGGACGAGAAGAUGCGCCGAGAUUUGCCAUUGACCCACUAAGCGGUCAAGUUCGGUCUGUGGCCAGUUUUACUCGUGACUCUGGACGUGUAUUUGGUUUUGACGUCAAGGCCACGGAUAGACGUGGAGCUGAGAAUGGUCGCAGUGGCAUUGCCAACGUUUUUGUGUACGUGUUGGAUGAUAAAAAACAAGUUGUCAUGGUAGUCGGACAAAAACCUAUUGACAUCGAACCACAUUUGGAUAAUUUUACAGCAGUUCUGCACAAUAUCACGGGACUCGAUGUACGUGUCAGGAAGCUUGAGCCGCAUAUUGAAAAGAAUCUGAUCGACACAACUUCAACCGACAUCUACCUAUAUGCCAUAGAUCCCCAUCUAAACGUAAUGAUCGACAUGGAUACCUUGCAUAACGUUUUUCACAACAAGAAGGUGGAAAUAAAACGUGAAUUGGAUGAGUAUCGUGUAUUAGAAAUAACUGGAAAUUCAUCAAGAAAAAAUCAUCGUUACAUGCUGUCCACUUUAGAAGUUGGUGUAGUCGUACUUGGUUGCGUCGUAUUCGUUGGUGCCCUUGUAACAGCCCUUUGUGUCACCUGCGUUCGUAGGAAUAAACGUCGUAGACGACGAGAAAAGGCCAUGUUCUCCAGCAGUGGUGGUGGUCCACUUGGCUUUGCUUUGGCAGACUCGACAUUGCAGAAACCAGCACUCUUCCCAACCUUCGUUGAUGGCCUUCGUUACGACCCAGAACCUUUUUGUACCGAUAUACCAAGACGACAAAGUAUCUGCGAUCAUGGACCAGGAUGCGUACGAUUUCACACGAUGAAUGGUAACAGUAUAAAACAUGGCGUGAGAACGACAGGUACAACGAAAGGCCUCGAGGCAUCUGCAACGUCCUUGCAUUCCAGUGGUCAGGAUUCAGGAAUCGUGGCACGAGCAUCCUGUCACUGCAGUCAUUCCUCGAGUCCUUCAAGCGGUGAGAGUAGCAACGGUUACGAGGAUUCCUUGAAAUCAUUGCAACGUCGUGAACGAAGUAACGAUUUAAAUCGUAACAAUCAUGAAACAUCAAGCGUAGUUGGUAGAAGGGCUAAUCAAGCGUUAACAAGAAGACGACAAAGAUUCAAUUCAUUUACAAAUUUGGAAUCAAUGUAUUCGCACGAAAUGACAUUGCAAAGGGAUCAACGUUGUUGUACGACAGAAAAAAGACGAAAAAAUGAUGGACGUGGACACAGAGAACAUCGUAGGGCACAUUCCGAAGCUGAAAACAAUAUUACCGAAACUGUGAUCCAUGAACACCCUGGCAUGGAACUUCCAUUAGCAAGUUCUUUACCUAACACUUCUAAUUUGCACAGUGUUACGAGAAACAGCCAUAUGUUGUAUUAAAAGUCAUUCGGUCUCUUUCACGACGAUUAGGAGAACCUCCGUUAAGGAUGGAGGUGAAAUAACGGUCGUUGAGAUGUACGAUCACGUUCCUUGUUGUAUCUAUCCUUUCUCUCUCUCUUUCUCUCUCUCUCUUCCUAUCUUUAGUUCACCCACACGCAAAGUUUGCUACUGGUACAGGUCACAAUGCUAAUUGGAAUGGAAUCUUCUCGAGUGAUAUGCAGCUAGGAUAUAAUGCAAAUCGUAUGCAACUUAAGUGAGAAUAAUUUCAACGUGUUUCGAGUUAUACUAAACUCUUGGCAAACUAAGAAGGAUGUGUUUGAGGAGGCCCUUUAAUGUCAGAAAUGUGUUAAUUAUUAUUAUUAUUAUUAUUAUUAUUAUUAUUAUUACUGUAUUUUAUUUUUAUCUUGUAUCUAUGCCUCGAAAGUGUGUAUUUUUUGUUUCAUGUACAUAAGUGCAUCCUAUUACUUAGACGUUCGUGUCAUUUUCGUUGCCAAAGUAACUCGUACGUCAUUAUGAUUUGAGAUAGUUAAAAAUGUCAUUAAACAUUUUACAUUUUCAUUGAUCAUUUUGUUUUUGUUUUUUUUUGUUUUUUU